CCUAUGACGGACUACAUCAUAGCGAGAAGCAGACAACAGCUCACCCCACUACGACGUCCCCCCAUCCAGACGACGAAGUGAGCAACAGCAACCUCCUCCAGAAAACUCACCUCCAUCCGAUAUCUGAAUCAUGGCGUCAAUCCGGGCUACGUCCCAACGAUGCCUAGCCCACCUCCGUCCAUCUGAUCUCCUGCGGCCAGCCGCGCGCCGGACACUCCCGAGCAACCGGUUGUAUCCCGCCUUCGCUCGCCGACACCAAAGCUCCGUGACAGUCGGCGAAUCUCCGAGAGACAAUACAUCGCCAACUCCACCAGCCGGCGGUGUUCCCCCACCCGUCCCUCCUGCGUACAGGAUCCCCCGCGAGAUCGGACCGGGAGUGCUCGAGGGCGACGACAACACGCGGGUUUUACUCCGCCAGAACAACCUCUUCCAUGCCUGGGACAAGUCUCCAUCCGCCGCGAUCCGGGAACGUGCUGCGAGGAUCAAAGCGAAUGCUUACUGCCCGCAUGCGGAGCAUCUUCAUGUCGCAGAGCCGAAGCACAUCAACUUCACUUGUCCGGAUUGCGGUAUUCCCACGUACUGCUCGGAGGAGCACUGGGCGGAGGACUAUGAGAACCACUUGCUCAUCUGCGACACCCUCAAGGAAGCGAAUGAGGACGAGCACGAUCUCCGUUCCGGCCGGUUCUUCCCGGAGUUUGAGCAUCCUGGCGAGCAGAUCGAAGAGCAGCUGGUGAACAUGACUAAUUGGGAUACGUUCCUGUACACGCGCGGGGCGCUGGCAAUCGACGAGGACCGCCAGCUACGCCAGGCUACGAAGCUACUUACCUACCCCACCACCAUUGCCAGUGUCGUCCAUGAGCUCUCGCCAUACUCGCUCAGGCACAGGAUGACGAACGAGGGACUGCGCAGUUUUUCGGCACUCCGCUACACCCUCCACCCGCCCGCAACCGGUGCUGGUCAGGACGUCAAAAACAUCCGCACCACCCCUCCCCCCGUCCGCCUGUUUAUCCUUGGAGCACGCGCCGAGUCCUCGCUCCCCCGUGACGUCUGGUACCAGCUAGCCUACAUGUUCCCGCGCUCCACCUUCCACCUGAUCUUCAUCGGUCCGGAGUCCAUGAAAGGCAGGGAAGCCGAGUACCCCCUCCCGGACCGCACUUCCUCCAACCCCUUUGGCGCACUAUCUGAGCGCAUAUCCUACCACAUGAAGAUCUCGACAUUCGUCGAGUACUUCCACACGCUUCACGACGCUGGCGCGUUCGCUCCCUACGACCCGUACUUCGACUGCUUCGUCCUGUUCCAUCCUGGACUCGGACACCCCGGUAGUGCGGCAGAGUGGGAGUACACCCUGCCGAAACUGCUGGAGACUAAACUUCCCAUCGUGUGCACUGGAUACACCGAGACCGAUAUGGUCCGUGAUGUCGAGUGGGUCCAUGAUAAGUGUAAGGGCGAGUUCGAUAUCUUGCUGGAGCCGGGAGAGAAUGCGUUCAAGAGUCAGCGGUGGGAUAUCAAUGAUGCCGACCCCACGGAUCUCUCGCAGGGUAAUUGGGGAGUAUGGUCGUUCCGCGGCAAGAGAUACGAAGCCACGACCAAGGAGGAGCCCCCCGUGACGGUGUCGUAAAUCACAGCCGCAAGCUGGCUGGGGCAAAACUAUAGACCGGAAGAGAAAGUAAUUCUUGUACAUUAAGCAAU